UUUUCGAAAGCGCCAUCCGACGUCACCUUCCCUGGCACGAUGUUACGACGAGUUGGGUUGCUGCUGGCCCUGUGCCUGGUUCUGGUGCAAUGCGAGGAGGAAGAGGUUAUCAAAUGUGCCGGUGGUGAAUGUGUGAAGCUGCAUCUUUGCCCGAACGGUGAGCUCAACGUUGACGGAACCAACAUCAUCGACAUUCGCUUCAACCCAGACAAUGAGUGCGAGGAUUAUCUGCUCAAGUGCUGCCCGAUUCCAGAAGACGAAGAUGAUCAGGUUGUGGUACCUCCGACUUCUCCUCCUGGCACGAAACCAGUACCGGUACCUGGGACGGGCACAUCGCCCGCACCGGGAACUGGCUCAUCACCCGCACCAGGACCUGGAACCGGCUCAUCACCUGCACCGGGAACGGGUUCAUCACCCGCAUCGGUGCCAACUCCUGGUGCUGGAGCGGGAUCAACACCAACCCACGGCACGGGCCCGGUACCUACACCGAGUAGUACCGAAAAUUUCGCAGUUGGUAAUAAUGAACAUCCUAAGCCUUCUGGUGGCCAUGGUAGUGGUGGUGGUUACGGUAAACCUCACGGGCAAGGUCAGGGUUAUGGGCAAGGCCAAGGCUCUGGAGGUUGCCGAGGUGAUAGCUCUUGCUCUAAGCCAAGCUCGUCUUCAGAGAGUGACGAGCAAACGGUGUUGGUUGGUGCUAAUCAAAUUUCGGGCGGUGUCACAGGUCUUGCUGCCAAUCAAGUGAAAGAUCCGCAGAAAGUACCGCAGGCUCAAGGAGGUGGUCCGCCAACCUCAGCGACCGGUACGAAACCUGGACCACAAGGAACGGGUUCUGCUGAAAACAACAAACCGGCUGGAGGGGUGGGAUCACAAUCAAUACCCCAACCGACACAAAAACCAGGCACAUCGGUCUCUUCUGGCGGUGCUGGUGGUCCGCAAGGCCAGCAGGGUACUGGAGGAUUAGCUGGUGUUGGAAGUACUGUUCCUCAAAAGCCCGGUCAGCAAGUGGGUGGUACGGGAACUGCUGGACCUACGGCGCAGGGUACAGGAGGACCUGCUGGAAGCGGACCAGUGACUGGAGGACAACCCGGUAGUGGUGCCACCGCUCCUCAGAAACCAGGACAACCAGGUGUUGGAGGAUCUGGAGCUACUGGAGGUGGGCAGCCGGGUGCUGCGGGUACUAGCCCUCAGAAACCUGGUCAAUCCGGGGUCGGAGGUAUUGGUUCUCCUUCCCAGCAGCAAGGUCAACAAGGCGCUGGUGGUGUGGGAGGCUCAGGUCCGGUAGGAAGUGGAUAUGCUCCUGGAGGACCGACUGGAACUGGUGGACAAGUUGGUACUGGUGGACCGGCUACUACUCAAAAGCCUGGACAGGCAGGCGUAGGAGGUUCAAGCCCGGCUGGAAGUGGACCGCAGACUGGAGGACCGGCUGGUACUGGAGUUGCAGCUUCUACUCCAAAGCCUGGUCAGCAAGGCGCUGCAGGAACUGGUGGCUCUGCCCCGGUUGGAAGCGGACCGCAGACUGGAGGAUCAGCUGGUGCUUCGGGUCCGGCUGGUGUUGGAGGCUCGGCUGCAACUAAACCUCCUCAGCAGGGAGUAGAAGGUGGCCAAAAACCACCAGGUCAAUCUGGAGCCUCCGGAAGUUCUGGGCAGCAUCCGUCUGGCUACGGGGGUGUUAAGAAUCCUAACCAUGGUGGAGGGAACAAAGAUGGUGUGGCGGGUACUAAACCAGACAAAAUUGGUGCCGUCACGGAGAAUCCGUUCGACAAAACGAUCAGCUUACCACAAAAGUGCGGCUUGCGCAACGCUGAUGGCGUUGGGUUCCGCAUCACGGGCGACAACGAUGGUGAAUCGGAGUAUGGUGAGUUCCCGUGGAUGGUGGCCAUAAUUAAGGAGGAGAAGGCUAUUGAUCAGGUGAUCAACUUGUACCAGUGCGGAGGAUCACUGAUCCACCCAUCGGUCGUUUUGACCGCUGCACACUGCGUCCAGAACAAGAAACCAUCGGAGAUCAAAGUACGCCUCGGCGAGUGGGACACGCAGACUAAGAACGAGAUGUUCGACCAUCAGGAUCGCAACGUUGUGGAGAUCGUUUCGCAUGCCGAGUUCUACAAGGGUGGUCUCUUCAACGACGUAGCUCUACUUUUCCUGGAGAAACCGGCCACCAUCAUGGAGACGGUGAACACGAUCUGCUUGCCACCGGCCGACUUCAACUUUGAUAUGUCUCGGUGCUUCGCCAGCGGAUGGGGCAAGGAUGUGUUUGGCAAGCAGGGUACCUACCAGGUAAUCUUGAAGAAGAUCGAGCUUCCGAUCAUGCCUCGUGCAGACUGUCAGAAAGCCCUCCGGACCACGCGACUCGGCCAUCGGUUCAAGCUUCACUCGAGCUUCAUCUGUGCCGGUGGUGAAAAGGGACGCGAUACAUGCAAGGGUGAUGGCGGAUCGCCACUUAUUUGUCCCAUUCCGGGAUCAGUCAACCAUUAUUAUCAGGCGGGUAUGGUUGCGUGGGGUAUCGGAUGCGGCGAAGACGGUAUUCCGGGAGUGUACGUUAACGUCCCGAUGUUCCGCAGCUGGAUCGACGACCAUCUGACACAGCGCAACAUUUCUCACAGCACCUAUGUAUACUAAUGCGUGUACAUAAAACCGAUGAUCCUCUCAGGCGCGUAUCGUCGAAUAGGGGACGAAUCUUAUCAAGCCAUCUGGCUCGAAGGCAUUCGUCCCAAUUUAAGGCGAUUUAGCAUUAAAAUGAUGGAAAGAAUAAAUUCAGUAACACCGUACGA